UAAUAUUAAUGAAGCCGCGCAUUGGCUCGCGCUCGCGUCAAUCCCGCUGCGCAACUUCUGUAGGCUGGCAGACUUCCUUCAAUAUUAUUUCUGGGGGAGCAGGGUAAAAGUACUAAAAAAUGUUGCCGAUCCACAACACCGGGACGGACUGAAUGGAGGCAACGCUGUCAGCGAGCGGAGAUCAUCAAUCCGUCUACAGCGCACCGCGACACACACCGAGCGGCUUGUUGACUUCUCCGUAAACGUCCAGCCCUCGGCCUCCCCAUGCCUCCAUCUCCUCUCGACGACAGAAUUGUGGUGGCGCUGCCAAGGCCGAUCCGACCUCAGGAACUCCAAUUGCGCCUGGACACCAGCUACCUGGACUCCAUUGCCACCAGCAGCAGCAACAAGACAGUCAUCAGCACCACCGUGGUGAAGAUCCGGGCGACGGCCAAUCUUGUAACGUAUAUGCCCUCAUCCAAGGGCUCCACGCGCUCGUUGUCGUGUGGAUGCAGCAGUGCCAGCUGCUGCUCAGUGACUACCUAUGAGAAGGACAGCCAGAGCCUCAACCACAGCCAGGUGAGCGCCAGCAGCCCCGACCUCAGCUAUGCCGGGCCCCCGACCCCAAUGGUCAGCAACCACGAAGCAUUGAGCGCCCCCAGCCUCACCCCGGGCACCCCGAAGGCCCUGUCCACCGUGAGGCUCAUCCAUCCCAAUGAGCUGGCCAAACGGAUGACCUGCUGCCCCAUGGGACACCCCGUAGGGCCCGUGCCGGUCAUCAUCGACUGCCGGCCCUUCAUGGAGUACAACAAGAGCCACAUCCGGGGAGCCGUGCACAUCAACUGCUCCGACAAGAUCAGCCGGCGGCGGCUGCAGCAGGGCAAGAUCACUGUGCUGGACCUCAUCUCCUGCCGCGAGGGCAAGGACUCUUAUAAGGGCAUCUUCUCCAAAGAGAUUGUGGUUUACGAUGAAAGCACCAUGGACCCCAACCGGCUGACGUUCUCCCAGCCACUGCAUGUGGUCCUGGAGUCGCUGAGGAGGGAGGGCAAGGACCCCAUCAUCCUUAAAGGAGGCCUUAGCUGCUUCAGGCAGGGCCACGAGGACCUGUGCGAGCACUCGCUGCACCUUCACGAGGGCUUGGACACUGGUGCUGCUGCUGGCCUGACGGGGCCGCUACCUCACUCCCUGCCCUCCACCCCGGACAUAGAGAACGCAGAGCUGACACCAAUCCUGCCCUUCCUCUACCUGGGGAACGAGCACGACGCUCAGGACAUCCACCUGCUGCAGCGCUUCAACAUCGGCUACAUCUUGAACGUGACCACCCACCUGCCGCUCUACCACUAUGACACGGGCCUCUUCAUCUACAAGCGCCUGCCUGCCACAGACAGCAACAAGCAGAACCUGCGGCAGUACUUCGAGGAGGCGUUUGAAUUCAUCGAGGAAGCACAUCAAGCAGGUAUGGGCCUUCUGAUCCACUGCCAGGCAGGCGUGUCUCGUUCAGCCACCAUCGUGAUCGCCUACCUGAUGAAGCACACCUGGAUGACCAUGACAGACGCCUACAAGUUUGUCAAAACCAGGAGGCCCAUCAUCUCCCCAAACCUCAACUUCAUGGGCCAGCUGUUGGAGUUUGAGGAGGACCUUAACAACGGAAUAACGCCACGAAUCCUGACGCCAAAGCUGAUUGGUGUGGAAACCGUCGUCUAAAAACGGACCCGCUCGACUCACACUUAGACUCACUCUCACUGUUUUUUAAAGAGAGACCGGCUGCUCUGUGAGCCGGUUUGGAGUGUGGGGGGCCGCUGUAUUCUUCUUGAAUCUCCUCACGCUCAUCUUGGACUCUCUGGAGUGCCAAAGCUCUGGGUCAGUGGUGAUGAGAAAUGCCAAAAAUCCCUACUGUUUGGACGUGGCUGCAGUCCCGGAGGAGAAGACGAGCUAGAGAUAGAGAUAGAGAGGGGAAGCGGUCAGUGGGAAGCUUUCCAUUUGUGACCCCAGAGGAGCAAACAUGAAGGAAAAGGAAAUCGGUUUGGAAAAGAUAUUCUAUGUGCUUAGGGGCAAUUACUGACAAGAGAAACUCUUAAAGCUCACACUGUGGCACACAGUUUCUGUUUGCAGACUCAGGCGGGGUUGGCCAUGGCAGUGCCUGUCAAAAAAAAAAAAAAAAAAAAAAAGAUAAAAAAUAGUAAAAAAAAAAAAAGAUGAAGACUUGUUUGGUGUGUUAAUGUUGUUGUUCUAUUUUUAUACAGGGGUUUAUGGGGGUGACCAUGACGAGCCCACAGCGGCUUACUGUGCAAUAAUUUCAGAGUGGAAUGCAACUGAGACCUUGAUCUUAUGUGUAUAUAUCGGUAAUGAUUACAUUUCCAGCUCUUUGCUGAAAUACCAUUUUGAUGUUUAUGUAAUUACUGUCGUUCAGUUCUUUAUGUUUAUGGUGCGUACAGUUAUGCUGUAAUAUUUGGCGCAGACAAGAGAAGAAAAAAAAGAA